CACAUUUUUCAAAGUUUGACAAUGUUUAUGCUUUGCCCUAUAUUUGGUACAAAAAGUAGUAUUUUCAAAAUGCAAGAUUAGUGUAGGCAAAAGUUAUUAAGUGCCACUUCUCUCAAUCUGUGCGUCUGAAAAUCCAGAGAGAUUAGUGUAGGCAAAAGUUAUUAAAAAAAAAAAAAAAUUGUGAGUAAGAAAAUGGCGCAAGUGAGAAGAAUCAAGCUUGGUUCACAGGGUCUAGAGGUAUCGGCUCAAGGACUUGGUUGCAUGGGCAUGUCGGCUGCCUAUGGCCCUCCAAAGCCUGAAUCCGAUAUGAUAUCUCUCAUCCACCAUGCCAUCAACUCCGGCGUCACCUUCCUCGAUACCUCCGAUCUCUAUGGUCCUUUCAUCAACGAAAUCCUUCUCGGAAAGGCGCUGAAAGAUGGAGUGAGGAAAAAAGUAGAGCUUGCAUCUAAAUUUGGUAUAAGGUUUUUCGACGGGAAGGUGGAGAUUCGUGGCGAUCCUCAGUAUGUGAGAGCAGCUUGUGAGGGCAGUUUGAAGAGGCUUGGUGUUGAUAGCAUCGAUCUCUAUUACCAGCAUCGGAUUGACACCAGGGUCCCAAUCGAAGUCACGGUGGGGGAGCUGAAGAAACUAGUUGAAGAGGGUAAAAUAAAAUACAUUGGUCUAUCUGAGGCGUCUGGUGCAACAAUAAGAAGAGCUCAUGCUGUUCAUCCAAUAACAGCCGUGCAGUUGGAGUGGUCCUUGUGGUCGAGAGAUGUGGAGGAAGACAUAAUUCCUACCUGCAGGGAACUUGGAAUUGGCAUUGUAGCAUACAGUCCUUUAGGUAGAGGGUUCCUGUCAUCUGGACCCAAAUUACUAGACGAACUGACCAAGGAAGACUAUCGAAAGCAUCUACCCAGGUUCCAACCAGAAAAUCUAGAGCACAACAAAAAAAUAUUCGAGCGGGUGAAUGAAAUGGCAGCAAGAAAAGGAUGCACACCAUCACAGUUGGCUCUGGCAUGGGUUCAUCACGAAGGAAAUGAUGUCUGUCCUAUCCCGGGAACUACCAAAAUCGAGAAUUUUAACCAGAACAUUGGAGCUCUUUCUGUUAAACUGACACCAGAAGAGAAGGCAGAGCUUGAAGCUUUUGCUUCAAUGGAUAAUGUUAAGGGUGACAGAUAUGCAACUGGGGUUCCUACUUAUAAGCAGGCAGACACGCCACCAUUCUCUUCGUGGAAAGCCACUUAAGGACAUGCCGUCUGCUAUGUCUAGUUUUGCCUCUUAGGCAAGUCAUGAACUUGUUGAGAAUUUAAGUAUUUUUUUUGUCAGAUUUGGAUCGCAGUGUUAUAUGGCUCACCAAUAAAAGUUUUAGAACCUUUUUGUACGCCAACUUUUUCAUAAAUAUCUAGAAAAAAGUAAGAUAUUUUGUCGCCAAUGGCAUUUCAA